UGUUUUGGGACCACACAGUGUUUGUUGGGGGUGAGCUCCACAGGUUGAGCACCAUGAGCAGACCUCCGCCGGAUAUUAACGACAUGACUUCCCUCAAAGUGAACAACCUCCCCUACCGGACGUCUCCCGAAACACUCAGGCAGGUGUUCGAGAAGUACGGUCGUGUAGGGGACGUGCACAUCCCCAGAGACCCCUGUACGAGGGAGAACCGGGGCUUUGCAUUCGUGCGUUUCCACCUCAAGCAGGACGCAGAGCAGGCUUUGGACGGGAUGGAUGGCACCGUGCUGGAGGGACGGGAGCUCCGGGUGGAGAUGGCGCACGUCGAUGGCAUCAAAGUGGACACUCUCACCUCCCUCAAAGUGGACAACCUGACCUACCGCACAUCUCCAGACACGCUCAGAGUCAUGUUUGAGAUGUACGGCCGGGUCGGGGACGUGCACAUCCCCAGAGACCCCUACACCAAGGAGAGCAAAGGCUUCGCGUUUGUGCGUUUUCACCACAAGCGGGACGCAGAGGACGCGAUGGAUGCGAUGGAUGGAGCGAUGAUGGACGGACGGGAGCUGCGGGUUCAGAUGGCCCAUGGAGGAGGAGGAGGAGGCGGCCGGCGGGGAGGACAGAUCCGGAGGUCUGGAGGACAUGACCGCAAAAACAGGAGGAGUGAACAUCUGGCUCCGAGCUGCGGCUCCAGGUCGAGCAGCGUGGCCGACGAAGCCGCCGGACCGUCGUGGUUGCUCUGGAACGAGGGGCGGUCUCUCCAGCUCCCCGACCCCCUCAGCCCCUCGCUUCCUAAACGGAGGAAACUAAUGGACCCGCUCGGCGUUGAGGACGACGGGACGGGUCUACACAACACCGACAUCACGACCGUGCAGCCGCCUCGCACCGCCAAGAGUCUGGUGCUGCUGGAGAGCCUCGCCAUGCUCGCCGCGGAGAACGACAUCCUGAGAGAGGAGAACGAGAAACUGAAAAGACAGUUAGAGAAACAGAGGCAGACGUUCUUCCUUUAGCCUCGUUUUCUCCUUUCAGACUCUCUGAGCGGACUGUCA